AUGGGAGUUGUGUCGCAGUUGCUGGCUAAGCACAAAGCUCGUCAGAUUCAGGUGUCGACAGAUGACUCAGAGGUGAAGGCCAACCUGCGACAGUUGGGAGAACCGAUAUGUCUGUUCGGUGAGGGUCCAGCAGAGAGGCGAGAGAGAUUGAGCCAGUUGUUGGCCCGACUUGGAGAAGAUGCUGUCAAAAAGAAGAAGGAGGAAAAGUUGCAGGAACAGAGGAAAAAGGAAGAGGAGAAUAUCACAUGGUAUCAUGAAGGUACGGAGAGCUUGAAGGAUGCCCGAUACUGGCUGUCUGACUACUCAAUACCAAGAGCGAAGGAAAGGGUUAGCAGAGAACGAGAAAGCAAACUGACUCCCAUGGCACAGAAGAACGCUCAGAUGCAGGAGCUGCAGAAGAGAAUAAGAUCUGUAACGAAUGACUGCAGUCAGAUCGGUGAUGACCGACCGCUGUCCCACUGUCAGUUCAGCCCAGACUCCCAGAUGCUUGCAGUCGCCUCGUGGUCUGGGUUGUGUAAACUAUGGUCCAUUCCAGACUGCCAGUUGAUUCGACAGCUGCGAGGCCACAACUGUCAUGUUGGUGCCAUUGUAUUCCACCCUGACGCUACAAUCGGUCUAGACAACAGUGUAUGCUGUAUGGCAUCAUGUGGACAGGAUGGUUCCGUCAAGCUCUGGAAUCUAGUCAGUGAUGAACCUAUUGCAGACAUUGAAGGUCAUGCACCAUUCCGAGUGUCGAAACUGGCUUACCACCCUUCAGGACGAUUCCUCGGGACAUGCUGUUUUGACAACUCGUGGCGGCUGUGGGACUUGCAAGCGCAGGAGGAGAUCCUGCAUCAGGAGGGACACAGUAAACCGGUGUACUCCAUCGCCUUCCAAAACGAUGGAGCGCUUGCCGUCACAGGAGGGCUGGAUGCGUAUGGCCGAGUGUGGGAUCUGCGGACAGGCCGCUGUGUGAUGUUCAUGGAGGGACACCUCAAGUCCAUCCUCUCCGUUGACUUCAGUCCCGAUGGGUUCCACGUGGCUUCUGGAAGUGAGGACAACACGGCCAAAGUGUGGGACCUGCGGCACCGCAAGUGUAACUACACCGUUCCCGCCCACACCAACCUCAUCUCCACCGUCAGGUUCCAGCCUCAACAUGGGAACUACCUCCUUACAGCGUCCUACGACAACAUGGCCAAGAUAUGGGCCAGCCCUAACUGGGCCCCUCUCAAGACAAUGGCUGGCCACGAGGGCAAGGUGAUGGGGCUCGACGUCUCACUCGACCUCAAGUACAUCGCCACUUGUUCCUAUGAUCGGACAUUUAAGCUGUGGGUGUCGGAGAUGCAGGGUGGUUUGUGAAAACACUUUCUGGGCAGUGUCAGAUUUUUAGCUGGAGAACCACUGUGGUCUGGAGGAUAAAAUAGCUUGAAGUUGUUAACUGCAGCUUCACAUGUGGGUUUGAAGAACCAUAAAGUUCUGAAAAGGAAAACACCUUGAAUACUUCUUUUAGCCCAUGCAAAACUAACAGAAUGUUACUUUGUAACAAGGUGUACAGACCUAUAGGUCCUUGUCUUAAGACUUACUGACUGACUGAGUUUGGUUUUACGCCGCUUUUAGCAAUAUUCCAGCAACAUCACGGCGGGGGACUCCAGAAAUGGGCUUCACACACAUUGUACCCAUGUGGGGAUUCGAACCCGGGUCUUCGGCGUGACGAGCCAACGCUUUAACCACUAGGCUACCGGACCGCCCCCUUUGUCUUAAGAGCUGUGUGACAUGUAU